AUGACGCAAUGUUUUUUUGUCUUAUUUUCGUCUGUAAAUGCGAAAGCCCACUUCAAUCACAAAUCACAAUCACAAUCACAAAGCAACACGUAUUCUGCGCGAUCACUCGUCAAAGCGACAAAAAUCCCCAAUAAAUAUUUCGCAAUAUUGAGAAGCGCGUACCGAUUUGCUAAGAGAUCGAAAUUGAUUUUCGUCCGAAUAGUUGUUAAAAUUAAAUGUACCUCAACACGAGUCUCCAAUGCACGAAUCCGAUCCUCCCUUGCAUCCAGGUACCUCCUAAACCAUAACGUCAGAUACAUUGACAUAAAGAAUACGUUAAACUUACUUCAAGCCAAGGCUGAAAGUCUUCCGAAAAAACGUUAUACAUACGGAAUAACAUGGAACUGCUCAGCUGCUGCGGGUGCAUUAGGAGCUGCUGGUGGUGCAGCUAAUGGUGGUGGUGGCGGUAGCGGUGGUCUAGUUAAAGGUGGUGGUGGUGGUGGUGCUUGCUCAAUCGGUGGUGCUGGUGCCGGUGGUGGUGAUGGCUCCCGUGGUGGUGCUGGCUCCCGUGGUGGUGUUGGCUCCGGUGGUGGUGGUGGUGCUGGCUCUGGUGCUGGUGCUUGCUCCUGUGGUGGCGCUUCUAGAUGUGGCGGUGGUGAUGGGGGUGGUGAUGGUGCUGGUGCUGGUGCAGCUGGUGCCUGCGGUAGUGGUGGUGGUGGAUCUUGGUUUACUCUCCUCCUCCGUCGCUCUCUCACAUAA